AAAAAAUUUCCGUUUAUAUCAAGGGAGACGACUUUUCAGUUUUACCAACACAACACAGCUUCUCCACAAAAUUGAACGCAGCUAGAGUUUCACUUUAUAAACCCUCCCUCCACAUUUUCAGUCCAUCGCCACUUCAAUCCCAAACUUCUCUCUCUCUCACUCUCUGUUUUCAAUUUUGUUGCUUGUGUAUUGUAUUGCCAAUUCGAAACAAUGUAUGUUGUUCCAAUUCGAUGGUGUCCUCCCACUAAUUCCAACAUCGAUUUCGAUUCAUCUUCACCACAAACCAAUAGCAGUGACGUUGAUGCCAGAGAAAUUCCAGUUGUUGGAAAAACUUGCCACCAGUGCCGCCAGAAAACAAGGGAUGUUGCUGCAACCUGUAAGAACCCGAGGAAUGGGAAGCCUUGUGUAAUUAGGUUUUGCCACAAAUGUCUUUUGAAUAGAUACGGGGAAAUAGUAAAAGAGGUAAAUCUGUUGACGAAUUGGAUGUGUCCAAAAUGCAGAGGCAUUUGCAAUUGCAGUUCGUGCAUGAAAAAAAGAGGUCAACAGCCUACUGGUGCUCUAGCACAUAUAGCCAAGGCAUCCGGUUUCAAGUCCGUGUCUGAAAUGCUUAUUAAGAAUGCUUCUGAAGAUUUAAAAUCGAACAAUGUUAAUAAUGUCGAUGCUGUGCCUUCAAAAGAAGCUUAUUUUGAAAAGGAGGUUGUACUAGAUCCAUCAGAGAAAACUCGGAAAGAAAACUCUCUAGGUGACAUGACUCGGAGUCAAAUGGAUGGUCCCAAGGCUUGGGGCGCAAAUGAUUUUUUCUUUGAUCCUGCUUCUUUGGCUUCAAAUGGAUGUUAAAGAAUGCUUAAAAAAAUCAGCAUGGCUAAAAUAAAUCAGUGAUGCUGGUAUGUUCCAAAGCCUCCACUCGAUCAUUUAAAAAGUGUCAUAAUCACAUGUACAAGGAAAUUGAAUCUUAAGCAUGCAUCUACAAGCUUCUAAAUCUAGAUCAAUUAGACAGCAGGUAGUUGAAGAGCUUGGCAAGUUUCAGAAACAAAUUCUUGCAUUACAAACUCUGCAAGAUUUUCUGAAAAGCUCUUAUGAUAUAAGUCAAAGCUACUGAACAAGAGAGGCAAAGGAAAGGCUUGGAAUUCUUGAGUAUUCUUGUUUUGCACCAGACACCAAAUUCUGUGACAGAUUAAAUAUAAUCAAUGUUAGAUUAAAUUAAAUCUGAAGCAUAAGUGAUGGGGUGCAUACAACUAUUGUAAGAAUAUAUCUAAAUUUUAGUUUUGACACAGAUUCAAUACAUGGUAUAUACAUAGCAAUGGUGUCUACUGUAUUUUGUACACACAUGACUAAUGUUUAUUAAUAACUCUUGUUUAUUUAUGGUUCAA